CGCAGAUUUCCGCACAGUCUCGGAAACAAAAUGGAGUCUGACAGGUUGGCCGAUGAAAAAAUACGAGGAAAAUUUUAAUUACCCUUGUCAGUCUGGAAUGUUGCAAACUUUGAUGUAAAAAUGCUGAUUGUGCAGCAGAAUGGCCAGUGACAGACUAGAUAUCAAUGCAGCUACUGUUGAUGACUUUGAACAGCUGAUUGGUGUUGGACGGGGCAAGGCAGAGGCUAUUGUUAAACAUAGAAAAACUGUUGGCGGUUUCCAGAGUGUGAGUGACCUCUGUGCUGUACCUAGUGUAGGUCGCAGUGUCCUUGACCUAAAUAGACGACAACUUUGCUGCAAGGUUACUGGCAGGGCAAGCAGGGGUCGUAGGUUGCAGCUUGAGUGUUCAGCUUUAGUGGAGCAAGGUUCAUCCAGGGCUAUCAGAGCUGUUUUACGUAAUAGAGCAGAGCCAAGGACACCUAAACUAACAUCCUCGGCAAAGAAAUGUAAAUCAGGAUCUGCAACAAAAAGGAUCUCAUUAGAUAAACAAACAGAUCUUGAAAAUAAAGAAACAAUUAAGAAUAAGUCAAAAUCACCUUCAGUAUCAGUUAAUGAUGAUCAGCCUUCAACCUCAAGAGACACUGCCCCAAAUAUAUUUGGACAAAUUUCCAAGUCAUUCCUAACACCAGGUCCAUCAGCAGACAUUGUAGUUCAUGGGGAAGAGCCAGUGCUGGAGGAGGAAGGUGGUGUGGAGAGUAUUCAAGGGGAGAUAAGUGAUGCUAGUGAUAUUGAAGAACUUGACCCAGAACAAGAGGAAGAUGAAGGUCAUGAAAAUAUGUCAGAUGUAUCAGACACUGUUUAUAGCUUGUCAGGUCAAAGGUCACGGAUUCCUGUGCCGAUAUCUGGUUCUCUGACAGCCCAUAAUCUUAUGAAGAGAAAAAGCAAUUUGCACAGAGAAGAUUUAUUGUUACCAACUAGCAAGAGAAUGUGUCGUUUAGAGUAUUCUAGUCCACAAACCACCUACAGUAACCUGAAGGCUCCUAUGAAGAAGUGUGUGUACCAGUUACAUCGGCAGAGAAUUCCCUCCAAGGAACAUCCGCCUCCUGGACUGGCCGAAUGGCUCAAACAGUUUCAGGAAUGGGGUAAUGCAGAGCGGUUAAUGGCUGUAGAUGAGUUGAUUACGUUGUGUGAGCCGACUCAGGUUCGGCACAUGAUGCAAGUGAUAGAGCCACAAUUUCAACGAGAUUUUAUAUCGCUUCUUCCCAAGGAGCUUGCAUUAUAUGUAUUAUCAUUCCUCGAACCAAAAGAUCUAUUACAAGCAGCACAAACUUGCCGUUACUGGCGGGUUCUUGCUGAGGACAAUCUAUUGUGGCGGGAAAAGUGUAAGGAGGAGAAUAUUGACGAGUCCCUUGUGUUCGGAUCUAACAGGCUACGUAGACGUCAGCCUUCACCAAAAAGUCCUUGGAAGUCAUUAUACAUGAGACAGCAUCAGAUAGAACAAAACUGGAGAACAGGGCCUCUCAGAUCUCCAAAGUUAUUGAAAGGCCAUGAUGACCAUGUGAUAACUUGUCUUGAAUUCUGUGGUACCCGUGUUGUCAGUGGUUCUGAUGAUAACACACUCAAAGUCUGGUCAGCUCUCACAGGCAAGUGUUUACGUACCUUGGUAGGACAUACGGGUGGGGUAUGGUCAUCACAAAUGCAAGGUAAUGUGAUUAUCAGUGGGUCCACAGAUAGAACAUUGAAAGUAUGGAAUGCAGACACGGGUCAGUGUAUGCACACUCUGUAUGGUCACACAUCCACAGUCAGAUGUAUGCAUCUGUACGGAAGCAAAGUUGUUAGUGGCUCUAGAGAUGCUACACUUAGAGUAUGGAAUGUGGACACUGGUACAUGUUUACAUGUGUUGAUGGGGCACGUGGCUGCCGUGCGCUGUGUACAGUAUGAUGGUCGGAGGGUUGUGAGUGGUGCCUAUGACUAUAUGGUGAAAGUGUGGGACCCGGAGUCAGAGACCUGCUUGCAUACACUACAGGGACAUACUAACAGAGUCUAUUCUCUACAGUUUGAUGGUAUCCACAUAGUGAGUGGAUCGUUGGACACGUCUAUCCGUGUGUGGGACGUUGAGACAGGCAACUGUCUACACACAUUGAUUGGUCAUCAGUCAUUGACCAGUGGGCUGGAGCUCAAAGACAACAUUCUAGUCUCGGGAAAUGCAGACUCUACUGUUAAAGUGUGGGAUAUUACAACUGGCCAGUGCUUACAGACAUUACAGGGUUCAAACAAACACCAGAGUGCAGUCACGUGUUUACAGUUCAACAAGAAAUUUGUGAUUACUUCAUCAGAUGAUGGGACUGUGAAAAUUUGGGACCUGAGAAGCGGAGAUUUUCUCCGUAACCUUGUGACUCUCGAUAGUGGUGGCAGUGGAGGUGUGGUGUGGCGAGUCCGCUGUAGUAACACAAAACUUGUGUGUGCCGUUGGUAGUAGAAAUGGCACAGAAGAAACAAAACUACUAGUGUUAGACUUUGAUGUUGAAGAAAAGAAAGAUAAAAUGCCUAUGAUUGAAAGAGUGUGAAAUUUUUCUUGUAUUCUAGGAAUUUUUAAAUGUGAGCAGAUGGUCUGUGUUUUAAAUGUGCUUUAUUUCUCUGAUAACGCCAAACAGAGUUCACUUUGGAUUUUAGAAUCAUACAUCCUAGUGCAGAAAAAGACUGAAAGGAACAGUGUCUUGUGUGCUAAAUUUUUGGAAGAUUAGAUUCAGAAAACAGUGUGCAAAUGUGUCAUGAAUGACCAAAAUUAUUUAAUAUAUAAUUAAAUACCUUUAUAAAAGGUGAGCCAGUAUAUUGUAUAGUGAAUAUUUCAGUUGACUAUAAACUACAUUGUAUUUCGAUAUGUUGGGCUUUAAACAUUUGAAAUUGUAAAAAGAAUCAAAACAAUUACACUAUUUAUUGUGAUAACAACCCUCAAACUAAAGUGCCCAAUUCUUUGUUUUAAACAAGGAGAGGACCAGCUUUUAGUCUUGAAAAUCCCAGUUACUGCAGUCUUUGAACAUUGCCAAUAAUGUAUGCACUUCACAUGUGUAAAGUGAAUUCAUUGAAAAUACAUUGAGGGAAUUUAUUAGAAUAAAUAUGGUACAUUGAAGAACAGGAAAUGCUCAAAGUGUGACAGUAAUCACUAUGGUACAGGUGUGACUGGUGUGAACUGAUAUAUGUUUUAGACAAGGUUGGGUAUUACCUUUUAGAACUUUUUGAAGAAUGGUGUUUGGGCUUUAUUUCUGCUAUAAGAAUUAAGGGUUAAGGGAGAGCAAAUUAUUGUAAAAAAUGUUCAAAAUUUGUUAUUGUAAUUCAUCAAAGUCAGGCCUCUUGGUUACAUCCUAUGUUCUGGAAAA